ACGAGAUGAUCGCAUUCAUUCUUAUUCUUAUUCGAAAGUUGAUGCUUCUGAUUUUAACGGACGCGCAAACUCGCACGUCUCCACAUUUUCUUCCUUCUCUUUGACUCAACGAACGUCAUACCACGUUUCAUUUGUGUAUAUAUAUAUAUAUAUAUGAAUGUACGCAUGGUUUUCUCCCCACCACCACCCCAACCUCAUCCCCCCACUGAUCCCACCUAUUUUCUCUGGAAGUAUAUACAUGUGUGUGUGUCUGUGUUUGUGUAGUAUGUUUGAUGAUUACGUGGGAUGGAACCGGCAUUUAUAGCAGAGAGGCCAAUGGCUCGUGAUCCUUUCGGACAAGUGUUUUACAGAAAAACGAGAAUAACCAACUGAUUUCGUUUUCUUACCUCAGUGUGUUAUGUGCAUUGAUAUCGUCGUGACUAUAGUUAAUACAAUCUAAAGACUAUUAUUCGGAUCUUACAAUAAAGUGCAUUUGAAUUACAUCAGAUUUUAUAAAAUACAAAAAAAAAAUAUAUAUAUAUAUAUAUAAUUCAAUACUCGAAUAUAUUUUUCUAAAGGGGAAUAGUAUGUUUAUUAUUUGAAAUAUUAUACAAUAGUAUAUUCAUCCCCUUUUGUGUGUAUUUCCAAUUAAAUGCACCACCACCACUCGUGUGGUUGUGUGUAAAAAAUAAAAGGUUUAUUAUUUAAUACUAGUAAUAAAUAAAGUUGGUUUUUAUUUUAUUUUUGAAGAAGAUAUUUUGAAGAAUCUAAUUAAGAUGCCAAUGGAAAAUCAUUCUACAGGAGGCCCAAGGCAUAAUGGGUCUCCACAUUUUCCAAUCCGAUAUUUAAUGGCCAUACUUGGAUCCAUCGGUUUGGCUAUUAUAUAUGGUUUUAAAGUAAACGUCAGUGUAGCUAUCGUAGCUAUGGUGAAUCAUACAGCUAUAAGACAUUUAUCUAUACACGAUGAAUUAAUGAAUGAAAAUGGAAGUUUAAUGAUAACGGAAGUUUGUCAGGGUGAUGAAAUUUCAAACGUAACAUCAUCUUCUACCGAGGAUGGUCCAUUUGUAUGGAACGAACCACUCCAAGGUCUUAUUUUAUCUGCAUAUUUUUGGGGAUAUAUGGUAUCAUUGUUACCAGGUGGUAGAAUGUCAGAAUUGUUAUCAGCUAAAUGGGUUAUGAAUGGAUCAGUAUUGUUAAAUGUUGUAGCAUCGAUAUUAUCACCAAUUGCAGCAGAAAUACAUUACUCGUUAUUCAUUGUAAUGAGAUUUAUUCAAGGUCUCGGUGGUGGUGUAACGUUUCCAGCUAUGCACGUGAUGAUAGCAAAAUGGGCACCACCGAAUGAACGAAGUGUUCUUGCAUCAAUCGUUUAUGCUGGUACUGCUUUGGGUACAGUGAUAUCUAUUUUGUUAUCAGGAAUAUUGGCUGCUAAUCUUGGUUGGGUAUGGAUCUUUUAUAUCGAAGGUGCAUUAUGUUUAAUUUGGUGUACAGCUUGGUGGUUAAUAAUCCAAGAUUCUCCAGAAGAACAAACGAGAUUUAUAACCGAGGAUGAAAAAAAUUAUAUCAUGGAAUCUUUGGGUCAUACUAAAAACAAUACCGGUCAUAAAGAAAAAUUAAAAGUACCAUGGGGACAAUUAUUAAGAUCUACACCAUUUUGGGCAAUAUUGAUAGCACACUUUUGUAGUAAUUUUGGUUGGUAUAUGUUGCUCAUUGAAUUACCAACUUAUAUGAGUCAAAUAUUAAAAUUCAAUAUGAGUUCGAAUGCCGGAUUAUCAGCAAUGCCCUUUUUAUGUAUGUGGAUAUUUACAAUGACUUUGAGUAAAGUAUUGGCUAUCAUGCAAGACAAGAAUUUAAUAACAGUAACAUUUUCAAGAAAGAUAGGAACACUUUUUUCAUCAUUCGUUCCAAUGAUUUGUCUGAUAGGUGUAUCUUAUGUCGGAUGUAAUCGUGCUUUAGCAGUAAUACUUAUGACUAUUGGAGUAACAUGUAUUGGUGGAAUGUAUUGUGGUUUCUUAUCUAAUCACAUAGAUAUUGCACCAAACUUUGCCGGUACACUGGUAGCCAUAACUAAUUGCAUUGCUACUAUACCAGGAUUUAUUGUACCUAUUUUCGUUGGUAAAUUAACUCAUGGAAAUCAAACAAUAGAAGCAUGGCGAAUAAUAUUCUUUGUAACUGUUGCUCUUUAUAUAAUUGAGAUUCUCGUUUAUAGUACUUUAGGAUCAGGUGAAGAACAACCAUGGAAUAAAGUGAAAUCUUCUUCCUCAGAUGAGGAAAUUAAUGAUCAAACUUUACCUCUUAGAAAAAAUGUUAAUAAAUAAUUUAUUUUGUUAUUAUAAUUGAACCGUUGAUUUUGAACAUUUGAUAAAGUUCAUUUUAUACAUUAUGUUAUUGUUUAGGUAUUUUAAUGAUUUAUAUUUGAAUGAGAG